AUGGUUUAUGAUAUAUGUACAGUUUAGUUAGGUUAACUAAUAACUCAACUAUUUAUUUACAUAGAUUCUAUAUCAAUGAUUGAUUAAUAUAAAAGUAUUCAGAAAAAACAUGUAUAAUUCAGAAGAUACUAAAAGAGAAAAUAAAAUAAAAUAUGCCAAGAAUGAAACAUUGAGAAACACUGUUCUAAAUUAUUUACAAAAAAGAAAUUACAAAUUACUCAAUACAGUUGAUGUUUCAAAAAGUGAAUUACAAACUUACUCUUCAGUUGAAAAUGAGAUAAGUAAUCCAAACUCAGUUCUAUAUAGGUGCUAUAACUGUGAUCCAGUCAUAAUUGACAACAAUUUCUCGAAAUUUGUAAUUUGGAUUAAGGAAUUGGAUGUUGAUGUUACUGAUCUGGAACAACUUAUUGGGCCUUUAUUUUGUCACUUGUACCUAGAUAUUUUACAAGGGGGUCAUCCUGAAAAAGCUGCUGCUUUUUUUCUAAGUCAUUUGGCUUCUGUGGAAAAAGUUAAUCAGAAUACUUUCAUUCAAGACUUGAUGAAAACAUUAUCUGCAGAAAAUGGUUCAGAUUACCUCACCCAAGAAUUCAGGUCUAACAAAUAUAUUAUUCAGCUAAAAGAGCAUUCGAAACAGCAGUUGAUGAAUUUUGUGAUGAAAAAUUGCCACAUCAUAAUUUUACAAGAAUUACAAACUUGGUUCGAUAUACAAGUGAUGAGUGAUGAUAUUGUAGAGAUGGAGCAUGACUUAAUCCCUAAUGAAUGUUGCUUAAAUUCUAAAUUCCAAGAAAUCAUUAAUGCAUCUGCAGAUUUAGAAAAUAUAAAUUCUAAAAUUAUAUUUUCUGUUGGUGUUUCUAAUGUAAUUUCAGAAAUUAAUUGUGGUUUAUUGAGCAGAUAUCAUGGAUGGUUUAUUUAUAAUCAAAAUAAUUUAGUUUAUGUUAAUACCUUGCAUAAUUUUAAUAGUUUAAGUGAAGUAGAAAAUGCUGAAUCAGUGAGAUUGAAUGGACAUUCUACAAAAGUUUAUGCAAUGACUUCUUCUAAAAAUUAUUUAGUGACUGGUUCAAGUGAUGGUAAAAUUUGUAUAUAUCUUAAUGAAAAUUUUGAAAUUAUUAAAGAAUGUUUAGGACACACAAGAACUAUAUAUUGUCUCAGAAUAAGUAGCAACGAGUUUUACUUAGCUUCUGGUUCUGAAGAUAACACUGUUAGGUUAUGGGAUACCAGUAAUGGGAAUUUUCUUAGGAUUUUUGUUGGACAUCAUCAAGCUGUUGUAUCCUUGGACUUCCAUCCUAAUUGUUUAUAUUUAAUUUCUGGUUCGUGUGAUAAAACUAUAAGGUUAUGGAAAAUUGAUAACGCGGCACCAAUAAGAUUGUUACAUGAAAGUGAAGGAACUAUAAGAUGUCUGUCUUGCCACCCUCAAGGAAAAAUUUUAGUUAGUGCCAGUGAUGAUCAGUAUAUAAGGGCUUGGGAUAUUCUUAAUGGAAAAAUAAUUUCAGAGUUAAGGUGUAGAGAGGGUUAUUGCAAACAUUUACAAUGGAGUAAAGAUGGAAAUUUACUAUGUGGUUCUUUUUCAGAUGGAUCUGUGAGAAUAUGGAAUGUUAAAAGCUGUCAAAAUGCUAGGGAGGAAACUAUUAGUCCGGGAGCCAGGUGCAAAUUCGGUUGA